GCGCAGGCGCAGAGUCCGGCUUGCGGAUCGGGGCCGUGCUUGUCAGGAUAGGAGAUAAAGUUUUAUUAUCCAACAAAAUCGCGGAUGAAAAGAUGUCGGGCCGGUCGGUGAGAGCAGAGACACGCAGCCGAGCCAAAGAUGACAUCAAAAAGGUUAUGGCAGCUAUCGAGAAGGUCCGAAAAUGGGAGAAGAAAUGGGUGACGGUGGGUGAUACAUCAUUGCGGAUCUUCAAAUGGGUACCAGUGACUGACCCUAAAGAGGAUGUCCGAGCUCCCCGAAUGGCUCAAUUGGACAAAUCAAAAUCGAAAAACAGUCUUGAAACAAAAAGUACAAAGGGGGACAAAGGCUUCCAGCUGCUGCCUGUGUCGGAUAAUAGCUCUUCUCCCAUCCUCCUGGAACUGAAUGAUGAGACCAGUAAUCAGAGCUCCUUGUCAGAUGCCUACCAGGUAAAGGUGGACAGCAGUACAAACUCGAGUCCCAGCCCGGAGCAAAGUGAACCUGUUAGCCCAACGCUUCUGUCUGAUUUUAAAGCAGAUGACUCUCAGCCUCCCAUGCUUGGGCAGGAAAGCAUGGAAGAACCUUCCCUUCCUUCCUCAGAAGUAGGAGAUGACCCUCCAAUGCUUACAAAGGAGGAGCUCGUUCCCUUGCAGCCUCAGGUCGUGGAAGAGGAGGAUGAUGAAUAUUCGGGGGCACCGCCACUGAAGAGGGUAUGCACUGGACAGAAUGCUGUGACCCAGCCAGUAACUGAGAGCUAACCCAGAAUCUCAACUUGGCUCUUUGCCAUGGUACAAUCUGACUUGACCAUCACACAACUGACUGACUUUGAAAAAUGAUAUUUAUUUUCUACUUUUAAUGAAUUGUGAUGGUUGUGACGUUGGAGUCUGAUUUAUAAUGUUUCUGUAUUGCAGGAUGAUGUCCCUUUUGUUGGGUGUAAUCCAUGGCUCCACUGGGUCUUCCUUGUUGAAGACACUUUUAUAUUGAUGGUGUCAAAAGCAUAACCUAAUAUAAAGGAUAUGCUCUGCUCGCCUCUGAAUUAUGUCUAUCAUUUGGUUUUCAUCAAUCUUCAGAUUACCUAUUCGAAGCAAGAAAGCAUGGGCUUCCUUCUUAUUGACCCCUACACGGAUCGAUUGCACGCUGCCACAGUGUAGAGGGUGGAGUGCAGAUUUCAGGACUGCUCUUUUUGGAGCCCUAACAUCAAUAUGAAAGUGCCUUGACAUUGAAGUGCCUCCAAUCUUAAUCAAGGUUAAAUGAGCUGAUUGAUGACAGAUUUUUGUUAAUGUUGCUGCUUGACUCUAUCUCUAAAUUUUCAGUCUUGAUCCUAUAAUCAUCCUCCUGAUAAGAAGUUGCGCUUUAUCAUUUGCAUCCAAGGAAAGAACAAUGGGGUGCAGUUUUAAAAAAUAAGUACUGUUGAGGGUGUUUGGUUAUAUGGAAGUAUUUAGUACCACAUAAGAACUAGGAACAGGAGUAAGCCAUGUGAUGCAUCAAGUCUGCUUUGCCAUUCAGUAAGAUCAUGGAUGAUCUGAUCUUGGUCUCAGUUUUACACUUCUGUCUGUUCCUCAUAACACUUGAGUCCCUAUAGUUCAAAAUUCUGUCUUUCUAGGCCUUGAACAUAUUCAAGAAUUUACUCUCCACAGUGCUGCGGGUAGAGAUUUUUAAAGAUUCUCCUUUAUCUUAAAAGGGCAAUCCAUUAUUCUGAAACUAUACUUCCUGCUUCUCGAUUCCACAGGGUGUUGUGUUCCAAUAAGAACAUCUCCCAUUUUUCUAAACUCCGAGUUGAAGCCCAACCUUUCUUCAUAAAAUAACCCAAAAAGUAAAUAUACAAGUAUAUUUAAAAAUGCAUUUUCUGGAGCUCAUUGUUUUAAUAAAUUUUCUUCAGUGAAAAAGAACGGAAAAUCUUAUGGAAGAACAUGUUUCUUUUUUAAGUUGAUGUAGGCCUUUGCUGUAUCUUUGACAGAUAUGGAAAAUUUUGCACUUAAUUUUCAAUGAUACUGAAUCAAUUUUCUAUACCUUGUUUAACCAGGACUUGCAUUUUUCCCUGGGGAGAGCACUAUAGUGGAACACAAAUGUUUUAGAUAUACACACAGAAAAGUACAGCACAGAAACGAGGCCUUUGGCCCACAGUGUUGGGCCAAAAAUGACACCAAGUAAAACUAAUCCCUUCUGCCUGUCCUUGGUCUAUAUCUGUCCAUUCUUUGCAUAUUCAUUUGCUUAUCUAAAAGACCCUAAAUGCUCUAAUUGUAUCUGCCUCUACCACCACCCCUGGCAGUGCAUUCCAGACUCCUACCACUCUCUGUGUAAAACAGCCUGCCCCUCACGUCUCUUUUGAACUUACCCCCUCUCACCUUAGAUGCACGUCCCCUCGUUUUAGCCAUUUCAACUCUGGGGGAAAAAGAUUCUGAGCAUCAACCCUAUCUCUGCAUCUCAUAAUUUUCAUAGACAUCUAUCAAGUCUCCUGUCAGCCUCUGCCACACAAGAGAAGACAACCCAAGUUUUUCUAGCCUUUCUUUAUAGCUGAUAUGCUCUAAUCCAGGCAGUUCCCUGGUACACCUCUUCUGCACCUUCUCCAAUGUCUCCAUAUCCUUCCUGUAAUCUCGCAACCAGAAUUGAACACCAUACUCGUAAGUGUGGCCUAACAGUUGUCUUAUAAAGCUGCAGCAUGACAUCUUGACUCUUGUACUCAAUUCCCCAACCAAUAAAGGCAUGCAUGCCAUAUGCUAACCUAACCAUCCUAUCUACUUGCGUGGCUACUUUCAGGAUGCUACGGACUUAAAUCCGAAGACUUCUGUACAUCAAUGCUGUUCAGAAUCCUGCCAUUAACUCUAUACUUUUCUUUAACAUUUGAUCUCCCAAAGUGCAGCACUCACUGUUAUGCAGAUUAAACUCCAACUGCCAUUUCUCAACCCAUUUCUGCAAUUGAUCUACAUCCUGCUGUAUCCUUUGACAACCUUCUACAUUAUUCACAACUUCACCAAUCUUUGUAUUGUCUGCAAACUUAGUAGCCCACCCAAGUACAUUUUCACCUAAGUCAUUUAUACAUAUAUAUCACAUAUGUAGAGGUCCCAGUACGGAUCCCUGUGGAAUACCACAAGGUACGACCUCCAUCCAGAAAAGCACCCUUCUACCACUAUCCUCUGCCUUCUAUGAGCAAGCCAAUUCUGAAUCCAUGUGGCCAAGUCACAGUGGAUUCCAUGUAUCUUAAUCUUCUGGAUGAGCCUUCCGUGAGGGACCUUGUCAAAAACCUUACUAAAAUCCACGUAAACAACAUCCACUGCUGUGCCCUCAUUGAGCACCUUCAUCACUGCUUAAAAAAUUCAAUCAAGUUAGUAAGACGUGAACAAAAAUAUAAGUUGCUGGAAAAGCUCAGCAGGUCUGGCAGCAUCUGUGAAGAAAAAAUGUCAGUUAACGUUUCGGAUCUGGUGACCCUUCCUCAGAGAGCUGUAAGACCUGACCUGCCCUGCACAAAGCCAUGCUGACUGUCCCAAAUUGGGCCAUAUUUUUGAAAUGUUUGUAAAUCCUAUCCCUAAGAAUUCUCUCCAGUAGUUUUCCAAUCACUGAUGUAAGCCUCACUGGUCUAUAGUUUCCUGGAUUAUCCCUAUUCCCUUCUUGAACAGAGGAACAACAUGCACUACUCGCCAGUUCUAUGGGGACCUCUCCACUGGAUGGGCAGGAUACAAAGAUCUUGGUCAAGGCACCAGCAAUCUUUUCUCUUGCCUCUCUCAACAAUCUGGGCUCGAUACCAUUGGGCCCUGGCGACUUAUCCACCUUAAUGCUUUUCAAGAAUUCCAACACUACUACUUGAUUUCAAAAUGCUGUAGCAUAUUAGCAUGCUCCACACAAAUCUCACCACCCACCAUAUCCUUCUCGGUGAAUACCGAUUGAAAGUGCUGUAUUUCACUUCACAUUUGAAUGGUCCAUUGCCACUGACUCCAGAGGUUCACACGAAAAGGGUAACCACGUUAGCUAUAGAGGGGAGGGUACAGAUAUCCAUGGAACAGUAUCCUACCAAGGAGUUGGCAUGAUGAGAGGAGGUAGGAAGAAAAUUUCCACCUAAUCACCAAAGCCUUCACAUUUUAUUACUUUGUUUACUGAAUCAAACAGCCAGCUGUCUUCUGCAGCUAUUUUACUGAAACCAGACUUUUCCUUAUCCGGAGAUGAUCGUAGAUUAAACAUCAGCAAUGUGGAUGAUAAUACUAAUCAAUCAACCAGUUUAAGAAUAAAUACAUAGGAAGGUUCUUAAGCUUGUUGAUACCUGUGUAAUACAUAAGAACUAGGAGCAGGAGUAGGCCAUCUGGCCCCUCGAGCCCACCCCGCCAUUUAAUAAGAUCAUGGCUGAUCUUUUUGAGACUCAGCUCCACUUACCCGCUCACUCACCAUAACCCUUAAUUCCUUUACUGUUCAAAAGUUUAUCUAGCCUCGCCUAAAAACUUGCAGCAAGGUGGUUUCAACAUCUUCACUGGGCUGGGAAUUCCACAGAUUCACAACCCUUUGGGUGAAGAAGUUCCUCCUGACCUCAGUCCUACAUCUGCUUCCCUGUAUUUGGAGGCGAUGCCCUCUAGUCCUAGUUUCACCUGCUAGUGGAAAAAAAACUCUCCCUGCCUCCACCUUAUCUGCUCUCUUUGUAAUCUUAAAUGUUUCUAUGAGAUCUCCCCUCAUUCUUCUGAAUUCCAAUGAGUAUAAUCCCAGCCUACUCAGUCUCUCUUCAUAAUCCAACCCUCUCAACUCUGGAAACAAUCGAGUGAAUCUCCUCUGUGCCCCCUCCAGCACUGGUAUAUCCCUUAAGUAAGGAGGCCAAAACUGCACACAGUAGUCCAGGUGUGGCCUCACCAGGACUCUAUAUAGCUGCAGCAUAGCCUCCCUGUUUUUAAACUCCAUUCCUCUAGCAAUGGCAGACAAAAUUCCAUUUGCCUUUUUAAUUAUCUGCUGCACCUGCAAUCCUACUUUUAUCAUGCGCAAGGACACCCAAGUCACGCAAUUUUUUACCAUUUAAAACAUAGUCCAUUUUCCUGUUAUUCCUAUCAAAACCAAUGACCUCACACUUAUCAACAUUGUACUCCAUCUUUCAGACCUUUGCCCACUCACUUCGACUAUCUGUAUCCCUCAGCAGACUUCCAGUGUCUUCUGCACACUUCGCUCUACCACUCCUCUUAGUAUCAUCUGCAAAUUUUGACACACCACACUUAGUCCCCAACUCUAAAUCAUCUGUGUAAAUUAUAAACAAUUGUGGUCCCAACACUGAUCCCUGAGGCAUACCACUAGCCACUGACUGCCAACCAAGAAAACACCCAAUUACCCCUACUCUUUGAUUUCUACUGGUCAACCAAUCCUGUAUCUAUGCCAAACAUUACCUGUAAUACCGUGGAACUUUACCAUGAAUACACAGGUUAUCAGGUUGCAAUACUUCAAUAAUUAUUGAAAAAUCACUGUCUAUCUUUUUAUUAGCUGGAAUAUUGCCAAUAGAUGAAUACAUCAUAAAAAUCCAUCGGGAUUGCAUUAGAAUUAUCAUCUCAAUGUGGCUCCAGGGGUUUGGGAUUUGUGUGGACCAUCUCUGACCCUGCAAGAGCCAAUCAACUUGCAGGCAGGGAAAUAAAUUUCAAAAAUAACACCGUGGGUAUUUAUUUUCUUAACUUUAUUUUAAACCUAUUGUCUAGUUUCUCAAUGUUAUUGUAUACAAUUUUUUUAUUGCCUUUUGGGCAAAAGUAUACAGGAAAUUCAUCUAUUAAUGACACAGCAAAAAAGAUAGUUCAUAGUAACAUAUAAUAUUUUUCUUCUUAUCCAUACUAUGCUUGGACAGUGCUCUUUUUAGUAGAAGUUUCUACCUAGAUACAGUGCUUUUGCCAAAGCAUCUCCUUUUCUGUCUUGCAUUUUCAACCCAGGCCCUGCCCCAUGAUCUACACUGUGACUACGUUGUCUAGUUGUGAGUACUUGUGUUUUUUUUUUGAGUUGUAUACAGUAUUUAAUUUCUGAUCCUUACUUGUCUCAUUCUAUCUUAAAAUGUUUUUUUCUUAAUGUAACCCUCCCUCUUUCAUGGAUCAACUCAAAGGUAAAGCUACUCACUGUCUCAAUUUAGUUAAUUCUCACAUAUCCCAAAUGAAAAGCAGGUUAUAGUAAGUUGGCAACCUGUUUUUAGACCUGCUUGAUCUACCUUUCUUUUCUUUCAACUUCACUAAAAAAGUUGGGUAACAUGUGAAAUAGCUUAUUGCCUGUUUCCAUCCAGCAAUUGAAGUUGUAAGUACCCCAAAUUUCAGUUACAUAUUGCAUAGUGUUGUUUUGGCUAAUUCAGUAUUUUGUCCUUGUGUAUUGCAUCUGUAUUCCACUUCACUACUUCUUAAUCCUAACAUUAUAACUUUUAGCACAUGCCCCAGUGAAUAAUUUGUAUGUUUUAGCUUCAUUUUUGGGGGGGGGAUCUUGAAAGUGUUAAAGACAUGUCCUUUAUAUGAAAAAGGCAAGUAUGUUUACAGUAUGGCCUCUUACCGUAUCUCAUCCACAGACCCCAUCCCACCAAUUCCCCAGCCCAGUGGAGAUUAUGUACCUAGCUUCUUGCUCCUUUUAUAUAGUGGAUCUUUUAACCACUGGGUUCUCUUUCAGAGUUUCUGAAGAACAGAGAUUUCCUAAUUACAAUAUGGAGACACCUAUCUUGUUGAUACAGAUUUUGCUUUUCAUGGAAGUGAAGCCAGGACAAUGUGAAACCUAUUAAAAGAUUGUAAUUUCUGAAGAAAAAUGCAUAAGAGUUAUAUUUUUGAAUACAAAGAGCUAAAUAGACUGAUCAAUUUGUACAUUGAAUAUUUUUCUUUGCUAUUCCACUUAGCUUGCUCUAUUUGAAGGUAACUGUCAUUUUUGUUACUGUUUGCUUUUAGUCCAGGACAUGUGUAAAGUUUGCUUUGUAUUUAUGGCAUUUGUGCAAUGGAAUGGAAACCAGCCAGAAUGUUCUGGAGCAUUCAAACAGGCUCACUUUUUUUUCAAAAUAAGGUUUGAAUUAUAGUAAAUUAAUUUUCCUAUGAUAUGAUGGACAAUUCAUUUUUGUGUUGUACUGGAACAUGUAUCGUUAAGUUAAAUACUGAUAGUUCUGAUUUGUUUGGAAAAGUAGUUGAGUUUCAAUCUCAGACAACACAAAUGUUGAUGAGGGAUUCUAAAUGUUGUCUGUAUAAAAAGCCUUCAUUAGUAUUAGUUCAGAGAGGCAAUAGGCAUUGCUUAAGGAAAGUCCAUGCACUCAGUGUAUGAUACAUCUUUUUGCAUUGCAGCCAAUAUUAAUAAUUAAUUUGUGAAUCACUUGAACUCUGUUUUAAAUGAUUCAAAAAUGUAAUUAAAUUCCUUUCAUAAUUUAAGAAAAACUUUGAACUUUAUUGCAAGUGCUAUUUCCGGCUUUUUUUUGCCUCAAGUAAAUUUGCCCAGCCAUGGAGAAAGAAUGUUAAUAAUUUGUCAUGCUUUUGCAGUAUGACGCUCCAAAGAAAUGAUUUGAAGGGUAUAUAUACAUUGUCAGGUGGAAUAUGGUGCUUAGACUGCACUCUAUUCAUAGUGGCAGACUUUAGAAACACCACUUAUAGAGCAUUCAGUUUUACAAAAUGACCAAUUUGAUUCUAUUGGAUAUCCCAAAUUCUAAACAAUAGUUUUUCAGUUAGAUGUUUAUAUUUUCUUUUAAAAUUUUCAAAUGGUAAGCACCAGCCUUGGCAAUUGGUAUAAGCACAUGUGUAUAUUUUUAAAGUAUUUGUGUAUUAUGGCCAUUUGCAAACUCCACUGUUUAGGAUAAAGCACUUACUGAAAGUUAUUUUCUGAUAUUUAGUGAAGCACUAUAAAAUGAGUGCUGAUUCUCUCCUAUUGCCUUUGCUGUGUUAUUGACUUCAAAAUCUGUCUCCUGUUCAUGAAUAUGGAGACAGAAACAAAUCACUGGCGUGCCUCAGUGAUAGAAAUUUGCUAAAGAUGCAAACCAUGAUGUUUAAAAAUACUUUUUUUACCUCGGAAGUGUUGCCUUUCAUAUUGUAAAACCUAAAUGACUAUUUAGAUUGCUUUUUGAAAUGCUUGUGAAAAUAAAGUGUUGCAAUGCAUUAAAAAGUGCAUUAUUAUA